CCCCCCAAACAAAACAGACUGCGGCCAGUCCUGUCCUUUAUCAACGCUUCCUCUUUCCGACCACCACACACUCCAAAAGUUGAUGCUUGAUCUCGACGCCGUGUCUUGAAUCAUCUUUCCCAAUCGCCCAUCCACCCCAACAACCAACACUGGCCCAACAUGGAGAUGGACAUGGACAUUGGCUGGUGCCUCGCCUGCUCCAAGCGCACACGCGACCACCGUAGCCCUUACUGCUCGGACGACUGCCGCCAGCGUGAUCAUUCGCCAAAGUCUCAGCAGAGCGAGCAACAGGCCAUUACGUCACCUCUUCCGCCAAAGUUUAUUCCCCUUCCACCGACUUCUGCCAACGUCUCGCGCAACCCCUCGGAUCGUCGCUCAACUGGUCGUCGCAGUCGCCUCGAGCCUCAGCGCCCAGAUCCGAGUCCGCUCGUCGGAGGCGGUGGCCAGUUGCUCUCGGACGAGACCAUUCCUGCGUCGCACCACGAGCGUCAUCGCCACGCUCCGCAGCGUGACCGCCGUGCCUUCUCAUUCCCAGCUUCCGAUGAGAUCGAGCGUCCCACCCUUCCCUUUGCACGCAAGGCAAAGGCGGUCAACGGCACACCCAAGUCUUUCAAGAAGCACCUCAACCUCUCCAAUGACAUGGCAAAGCUCGCCUUGUCCACAGGUGCCAACACACCCAACCUAGAGUCACCCUUUGAGUCAACAUCGGACAGCUCGAACGAGCAGCAAGAGAUUCCUAUUCCCCCUCGCCGCAGCAAUCUCAUGCCAUUCUCCACCCUUCACCCUCAGGCACCUUUGCCUUCCCCUCGUCAGGCUCCGCCCCACCGUCUGCACUCGCCCACAUCUUCGUCACCUGUGCAGACCGCUCGCCCUUCCAUGGACACGUCCAACCCCAUCACUCGCAUGGGCUCAUCCUCUCGAAGCCGCGAAGACAUUAUGAGCUGGGCACGCAACGUCGGCGGCGGAGAGUCAAGUCCCGACUCUGUGGACGAUGAGCACCGCGGCCGCGCAAAUCGCAACCGCCCUCGUUCUCGCCGCGCCCUGACGCUCGCAAACCUGCCGCCUCCAAGCACCGAGCCCCUCGACGAGCCGUCUCACGGGUCGACGCCCAAGGGUUCUGUUGGCGCCCUGGGUGCUCUCCACAUGACGUUUACUCCGGUCGUCAACGCAUUCCGCCGCGUUUCGGUUGCUGCCAUGUCUCCGGCCGACCAGACGCCGACGUCAUCCUCCCUUGGCUUGGCAGUCCCCGCCCCAGCUGAACUGUCUAUCGUUGACGUUGUGGUUGCUACGCGCGGCGCCGAGGAGCGCACAACUGAGGGUGACACUCCAGCGCUGUCUACAAUGUCCCUGUCCGAGGUCAUCGACCCUUCGACCUCGACCGACAUUGGUGACACUGCCGAGACUGCCACGGACGACUUUUCAAUCGUGUCGUCGUCUAUUGACCGCCGCACAUCGUUCAGUCCUCGCGCAGUCCACGCCCAGCUCUCCUUGAAGCCAACUGCGCCUGCUGUGCUCUCGCAGCGCCGUCGCUCGUCGAUGCUCCCGAUUCCAACCCCUGGGGCCGCCUUUAUGAGUCUGUCAAACUACAUUCGCUCCCUCACCCCAUUCGCGCUCCCAGUGACCUCGCUGGUGCCAUCGUUCACCACAUCUCAGGGUGAGGUCAUCAGUUCGGCUGCCGCUCCCGAGAUCGAGCCUACCGUCACCACCACCGGCCUCACACCCGAGCCCAGUCGCCUUGCCUCGCCCAUGCCGACGACAGCUCUCCAAGCCAACCUCGGCAAGGCCAUUGACGACUCUCUGCAUGAGCGCGACCUUGUUCGCAGCGUUCCUAUGGACAUUGACCUCACAAACAAGGCCGUCGACUUCCGCGAAGAGCGCAAGCGUGAGCUCGAGGAACUAGACCUCAUCAAGCGUGAUGCUGCGGCUCGCCCUCGAUCCCCUCCCCGCGCCGACUCGCGAUCGUCGUCGCCUGAACGCGAUCGUACCUCUGGCCGGCCCCAGUCGUACGACGACAAUGGCGAUGAUGAUCGCCGUGGUCGCGGCCGUGGCCGGACUCGCGGUCGGGCCCCGGCCCCCGCUCUGCCCGAGCCGGAACCCGAGCAGCUUCGUGGCCGCCGUCGUGACCGCAUCAACGAGAGCCGCGAUCGCAGCUGGAGCCCUGCCCGUGGCCGCCGCCCCUCGCGCAAUCGCUCGGCGUUGCUUGCUGCCUUUGUUGGCGCCGACUAGCGCGGGCAGCACGCGCCAACAUGUACAAUCACCACCCCUAUCCCAACAGUCCCGUCUCCGCUUCACGAUCUCCGGAUCUCCCUCCCAACUCGUUCAUCAGCCUCGUUGUACUACAAUCCCUCGAAGAAGACGAAGAAGCAACAAGAAGCAGAAGAAGAAGAAGAAGUAGUAAAAUCAAAACGUCCCAUGUUUGCACCACAACCAAUCACACUCCACACCAGUUCCCACCGCCGCACUCCAGCAUUUAGCGGUCGUCCUUCGGGUGUCGCACGCAUUUCUCGCAUCGCAUCACCACCUAUCCCAUUGUCAUUGGUAUACAUGUCCGUAAGAGCGGCCCUUGUCCGCGGCUCGGUCGACUCGGAGGUCGGUCAUGUUUUCAUUGGUCUAUCCGUAGCAUUGCACAGUGUAUGCACUGUUUGUAUGUGUCUG